AUGGAGGGCCGCCGUCUGGAGUGGAGCCGGCGUCUGCAAGGCGGUCCUGGCUCGUGGUCAUUGAUUGACUCGGACGGUGCGGCCUUUACCACUGAAGCAGCUCCUCGAUGGCAUCUGCUCUUCUUUUCCACCGAUUACGUGGAGAGACUGCGGUGCCGAUUCGUCCAGUGGCAUCCAGCAGAUGCCCAGGUUGCUGUGUUCGAGGCUGAGGAGCUGGACUAUGAUACUUGGAUCAGUUAUCCUGCCGGAAAGGUCUACGUCCGCGAAGUGCCCUCACCCUUGGUCGUCACCUGCAGCUUAACACCCGUCCCGCAAAAUGCUGUUGACAUGGUGUUCACCACGGUGGCCGGCGAAGAGCUGCUGCGAAUCGCCGGCAUGUCGAACCCUUUGCCGGAGCUGGAAGAGCUUGCUACAUCCGCUGCUCUAGCAGCGGCAGCCCAGGGCCGCCUGCGGAGCCGCAACCAAGCAGUGCGCACGACGUUAGACGGGAAAGAGUCGUUCGUUUCACACAACCUCUGCCGUGCGCCGGCCGCGAAGGAGCACCGUGAAGCCAUCAUGCAGCCCGAAAGCAGCCGACGGUGGGCCGACAUGACAGACGACGACGAUCAGGCGACCGGCUGGGAGUUCGAAGCGUUCAAGAAGGACUACCUGGCGAGGAGAUGCAGCCUGACACUUCUGACGCCCGUGCAUGCCCCAGGCGGAACAAUCAAGAUCGACGAGGCGCGCUGCCUGGAAAACCUCCCCGACAACCGCACCUCGACGGGACACGACCCCGCACUCCGGCGCGAAGCCAAGAACACCCCGACGGAAGAAGGCAUCACGGCCCCCAAAAAGCCACUGCCGCGCCAGCCACGAGGGACGGCCGACGACGAGAGAGCCCUGGAUCGUGCUUUCCAGCGAGCAGAGGCACCGGAGAGAAGCUACACCCCAAAGGCGCACAACACCUCCCCCGGCAAGCGUCUAGUACCACUGUGUGCACAGGCCGACAGAGCCGCCGAGGCAACACCGCCAAGAAACGAAGCCGUGGAAGCGGCAAAGCUCGCAAGGAAUGCCGCUGAACCAUCUCACGAAGGACCGGCCGCGCGACGAGGGGGGGCCGAGACGGACUCCGACCACGACACGGAGCCCGGACCCAGCGUCGAGGAGCACUUUCGGGGCAUGCUGGCCAUCAAGAAGAUGUCAGGCGACGGCAACUGCCUCUUCCACGAAAGCCAAUACCUCCAAAGCGAUCCGGGUCACUGGGGCGGCGACACGGCCAUCAUCGCUUUCACCCGCAUGAGGCAGCAGCGAGUACUUUUGCACUGGCGGACGCCAAACGGCGACAUCCUCACGAGCGAGCGCACGCACUCGGACGUGGACGAAGCAGCCCAACGCGGGCCGCACGCAGCACCGAAUGCCACGGAAGUGAUCCAUCUCUGGUACAACGGCAGGGACCACUACGACCUGCUG